UCAUAAGUUAUGAUUACUAAAUACGGAACAUAAAUUUUUAGCCAUCAGGGUUGCAGCUGUUUCUGUUUUCGAGGGGGCUAAAAGGCUAAAAUAGCCUUAAGAACCUCCAAUUUUUGUCCCUCGGGUUGUGGUUAGCCUAAGGGGAGGGAAAAGCAACAUUGUCAAAUAGGGGAGGCAAAAGCAGAACGCGUAGGUUAGUUGUUGUUUCAUUGUAAUUAUUUUAGGAUGUUAUUUGUUGUUUCAUUGUAAUUAAUUAAUACUAGGGAGGAAGCCCGCGCUUCGUGACGAGAGUCACAAGACAGAAUCAUUAGUAAUAAAACAGAGAUAUUGAUCACAUAUAUUCUCAAUGUGUUCUUAUGGCGACAGAAGGCUAAGUUUGUAUCCAUCAUUUAAAAGCAGGUAACAAUAAAGAUCCAUCUCAAUAACUCCCACCUACAUGUAGAUAAAAAAGAGUUAAGUAGCUAUUCAUGUUUUUUUUUUACAGGGAAGGAGAAAAGAGUUGCGUGGCAGACAAAGACAUGUAGUUUCACAAAAGCAUCACCUCACGCUAUGGUCGGGUCAGGUACAUUUGGUGGCUGGCCUCUAUAAGGCUGUCCACAACCCUAGGGCUAAAAGGCUAAAAUGUCCUUUUAGUCCCAAUAAAGCAUCUUUAAUCAUGGGGAACAUUUGAGGGGUAAAAGGCUAUAAGAGAUUUUAGGGGGCUAUUUUAGCUCUUAUUUGGGAGGGUUUUAAGAGGGGGGCUAAAAUGGUGAGAGCUCAAAUGGUGGGGAUUAUUUUAACUUUCCUUUGUUUUACUUAAAUUGAAUAUACUUGUGUUGUUCUGAGUGCUUUUAACUAACGAAGUUCCUAUCGUUGUGACUUUCAACCAUUUUAUUGUUAUUUGAAAAAAAUUACACUUUUGUUCCUAUACUACUAACACUCCAUAGUAACAAACGUAUGUUCAUAUUCGAAAGAUUGUGUGCUAUCUUUGGAUCAUUUUAUGCUCUUGUAAUGCUUUCAUUUCGAAGACGAGGCUCCUACCCCAGACUCAACUACAGAAAUUGUGUUUGGUCGUGACUUCAAAUAUAUUGAUUGAGGAAGCACGGACGCAAAAUAAUGUCAUCUUCUCAUCAUCAACAUUCGACAUAAUCUACCUCUCAUCUUAGGGGUUCCCGUUCUAACUAUUGACCACCAUCUACUUCUUCCAGAUGAUUGAUGAAAUGUGACAGAUCCUUUGUCUCAUAUUUUCCAACGAAUGCGUAUAGGCUUGCUAUUGCUAAUGCUCAUGGUUGAGUGUACGACGACAUAUCUUAGUCUCUACUUUGUUCCCAUCCUCGUCAAGCGGAAGUCUUUGGAGUACCCCUCAAUGAUAUCUUGAAUCUUGAUUGCAGCCCAAGAGAGAUUUCAUACUAUUAUAUUAUUCGGACGGAUUGCCAGGUUCUCUCAAUAUCUCCGCAGCAAGAUCCCUCCCGCUUGCCUUGUUAGUGUAGAGCGACCAUUGCACGUAUGAUCCCUAUGUUCCAUUCAUCACCGUGGAUCAAAGUUAAAUUUGGUCCUUAAUGGUUUAAAUUACUUGUUGAUUGGGUAGCUUGUCAGACUAGAUUGGAUUCUUUACCUCCAAUUUUUGUCCCUCGGGUUGUGGUUAGCCUAAGGGGAGGGAAAAGCAACAUUGUCAAAUAGGGGAGGCAAAAGCAGCACGCGUAGGGUAUGCAAAUUUCAAGGCAAGAGCAAUUGCUGCUUUGCAAGUUUCCUAUAACAUUAUUGGCGUGGAUGCUGCAGACAACUUGGUUGCUGUUACUAAAUGAUUCACAAGAUAAGAAAGACAAAUUUGUUCCACACAUAACUAUUAUGUCAGACCACUAGAGAAGUGAAUUUGGAAACAUAAGAACAAAACAUGAAGUAAAGUGAUAUGAAGCUACACCUGAGAGUCAUAUUGAAUUAUUUGAGAAGCACAAUGAUAGUCAUUUUCAAUUUUCCACAGGCAAAAUGAUAUGAAGCUACACCUGAGAGUGACCUGUCAAAGCAAAUACAUAACGAUGACAUUAAAGUACACAACAUGGCAAACAUGCUUCACCUAAGCAUACAUAUGGUUUGCAGGAGACAAAUUCCGAACACCACAUAUACAAAACUGAGAAAUAGAUCAACAGAGAGAAGCAAGACCUUAUAAUUUUAGACGAUUUGUAAAUCAUCCAAAACUUCAAAAUAAAAAUACCGACGCGUAGCGCGGGCUAAAUGGCUAGUACACAUAUUACAUAAGAAUUGAGUAGAAAAUAAAAAACAUGUCUAUAUCUGAUUGGGUUUUGAGUAUUUAUAGUAAUAAUUUUUCUUUUAUAAUUUCAAUAUGUUAGCAAUUAGAUGUGUACUGACAUUACGUAAUUGAAAAGGUACAACAAUAAAUCACUAAAACAAAGAAAAUCAAUUAAAAAAAACACAAUGUCUUGAUAAUACUAUAUAUGUAUACGAGCAAGGGCUUGGCCUAGUGAGAAUACCACUAGCCUAGAACCUGGAGGUCUCAGGUUCGAAUCCCUUAAGUAGUACCUUAAUUACAAAAAAAUGAAACAUAUAUCACCCUUAUAAAAAAAAACUAUAUAUGUACAAUAAAUUUCAAAUAUAAUGAGAAACAUAAUCACCAUUUAUAGGGGAAAAAUACAUAGACAUAUGUAUAAUUAGGUGGGUUCGGGUUAGAUAGUUAGAAAACCAUGUUCACCUAUUACCAACAUUUGGAUUCGUGUGUCACCCAUACCCAUCUAAAAUCUUUCGAGUUUGAAUUUUACCCUACCCAAUUAGAUCAAACUCGGACGGAUAUCCACGACUAUGAAUAUUUUGGUCAUCAAAUAUCAUGAUAGACCCAUCUUUUGUCCAACUAGAACCAUUUUAACUUUUUAGUUUUUAUUCAUAUUUUAUGUUAUAAAUUAUUUUUAAUGAUUUUAUGUUAUUCAUGGUAUUGAAAGUAGUUAUAAUAGCUUAUCAGUCAAAACUCAUAAUUUUUUAAGUACUUUUAUAAAAAGGUAUAUCCAGAAGUUGUUGCUACUAGACUGGAAGACUAAACCUCUCCAUCAUCCUCUAUAAUAAUGGAAGAAGAACAAGAAGUAUCUCACCUACCCCACGCAAAAAUGCUCUAUGCAUAGAAGAACCAAACUUUGAAGUGGAUGGACCCCUUCAAGAUUCCCUUACUCCAUCUUUUCAAAGUUAUGCGCAGAACUUUGAACAAGAAGAAGUCAGGGCUGAGCAAGAAGAGUUCACAAGUUACAAGGGUACUCUUUGCGAAAAGAUGGAGGAUGACAUUCCUAAAGUUGGAGACCAUGAAAAAAAAAACGGAAUCUUGGUGGAGAUACAUUACGGAGUCAAGCCAAAUCUCAAUAGACUACUUGACGAAGAUCGGUUUGUAGCAUUUCUGGAGAGCAUAACACCGUAGUGUCAUAUCUAACCCAAAUAAGGGAAUACAUGAGUUUAUCCUUGUAUCAUUACCUCUACCACAUGCAAAAUGCUUACAAAUCAAAGUGUGGGGUAUAAUGUGCAAUGUGGAGACUAAGGUGGCUGCUACUUCAUGAUCCACUAUCAAGCCAAAAAAAAAAUGGAUGGUACACACUUGGAGAAUGCAAUCAAGAUGAUGGACUUCAAGGAAGCUCUAAGUUGGGGACCUUGAAGGAUAAGGAGUUAUGCCUAGCUCGAAUGCAUAAGAGAAAGAGCGGUUCAUCGGAGGUAGCCCAUGUUUAGCAUCCAUACAUGUUCUAUGAAAUUAGAUGAGUAUGCCAUGGUUUGACAAUCUUAAUAAUGCAUAUCUUCAAAAUCAUAUAGUUAGCUUAUAAAAUAUGUCAUAUUUUAAAGUGUGGGGUAGACCUAAAACUGGAAUUGGUUGCUAUGAGAAAACUAUAUAUGGAUAGAUGUGGUGUGAAUUGAUGAUUGAUCUGGUUUUUAUGCUUUAUUUUCAUAUUCAUAUCGAGGAGGAGAAGCACUUGAUCUCUCUCCAUUUUGUUGCUUGUUUUUUUUAUGUUAUCCAUAGGAAAAUAAAAGGGAGAAAUGAAGAAAGGAGAUCAGAUUGUGCUAAAAUUGGCGAAUUCUUUAAGAACACGGAGAGCAAACUCAAAAAUGGAGAAGGAAAAAGGAGCGGUGCCUAGACCCGAUGCACCACCGCCGCUAGGAAACCUACUCAUCCACCGCAAGAUUUCCUUUUAAUAUACAACAAGGGAUUCAAGAUGGAUCGUCUCCAAGAAGAAGCAGGGUGGCAUUUCCACCUGACGCCCACCACCGCUACCACCCGCCACUUCAAUUCCUUGUGCUACACGAAAAAAGACUUGUGAAUCUAAGAAGGAAACAGGUGGCGGUGCCACCUAACGCCCACCCACUGCUCGCCUACAAAAGAGAGGGCACUCCCUCUUUUUUUCCUCCUCACAUCACAUCACGAAGAUCCAUACCAUCCAUAGCCAAAUUCGGUGCAACAACUCGUGGAAGCACUAUUCUAAGAAGACUUUUAAGGAAGGAGGAGUUCUGAAGAUCCAUUUUUGUGAUAUGGUGAAGGAGAAGGAAGGAGCAUCAAAGAAAGUAAACAGGAGGGAGGAGCCAUCCAAGGAGAUAUAGAGACGUGGAAUAAUUCAAUGGAGCCUACUCAAGCCCAUACAAUGGGAACAUCUCAAGCCAUGAAGGAGGACAAAGACGAUGCCACACCCUUGACAAAGGAGAUGGCCAUCCAUGAAGAAGCAUCUUGAUACCCUCCAAUGGUGAAGAACAUGAUAGAAGAUUUAGGAGGAUAAGAGAGUUUCAUGCAACCUUUGGAGAGCAUUCUAGACUAUGUGAUGAUCAAGAUGGAGAUAGAGACCCCAUACUCCUUAAUCUUUGGUAAACCAUUUCUGGCCACUUUCAUUGCCAUGAUCAAUGAGGACAAAAGAGAGAACACACUACAAGUAUAAGUGAUCAUGCAUCAAGUAGUAGGGUCUAUUAAAGAUGAAGAAGCAAAGCAACCCGUAAAAGAUGAUGAUUUUGAGGAGAAUGAAGAGACGGAGCCCGAGAUAGAGAUCAAGAACCUAUCAAGAUCUUUAUAUGAGAAUUCCUUACAUAAAACUUAUGAUCACAACUAUGAGGACCUGGUAGACCUGGCAAUUUAAGAACCGACCCGAACCUGCCCGAGUAAUAUAAGUUUUUAUAACCU